AUCUGGAAAUAUUUUACUAUUAACUCAGUGGAUGAAGCUUAUGUUAACUGCAAUACAUGCAGUUUAAAAAUAUCUAGGGGUGGAAAAGACCCACGAAGUUACGGAACGUCGGCUUUAACCUCCCAUCUGCGAAGAAAACACACCGAUGUGUUUAUUGAGUAUGGAAGGGAGAUGGCGCAAAGCGAACUUGAAAGGGCACGUAAGAGGUCUCCAGAUGACGAUGACUCAGGCUCUCAGCCGAAACUGAAACAGCCAACAUUUUUCAGCUUCAUUGAUGGAAAGAAAAGUUUCAAUAUGAACGACCCGAGGCAGAUUAAAAUUACUCGCUUGAUUGGCGAGAUGAUCGCUCUUGACGUUCAGCCUUUCUCAAUGGUCACUGACACUGGUUUCAAUCAACUGAUGAACUUCCUAGAGCCGAGGUACCAUAUGCCAGACCGGACAUGCUUUUCUCGUACCGUAAUUCCCGACUUGUAUGAUGAGGUCGCAAAGAACCUUAUGGCUGAGGUAAGAGAAUACUUAUACAGCUGUAAUAAUUUUUAACAAUUAAUACUAGUGUCUUUUAACUGUCUUUUAGUUAAUAAAUAUUAAAAAAGAUUAAAAUAAUAAUAAAUUACAAAUAUUAAAAUACUAAUAUAAAUAUAAUUUAUUUAAUUAUUUUGUUUAUAAUUACCACAGACUUACAGUUUAGUAAUAUCACUAAUAUUUUCAAUUAAUUGAAAUAUUUUACAUUUUGUUAAAAUAAUCAAUUAUUUUUAGUAAUUUAAUGGUGGCAUAACUGUUAACCACAAGUCCACAACAUUACAAAACAAUUACUAUUACUAUCUGUUAGCAAUACUCGGGGGACAAUUUAUUUCCAGUGUUAUUCAAGACAAUUUCUUGUUGAGUGUUGACGUUUGAAUUCGUUUGUAGUUUUGUACGGUUUCGGUUUGUUGUUUAAUGUUUAACUUGUUUUCAAUUUUCAAUCUUAACUGUUUUUACUUUUCAGCUGAAUUUGGCCAAUUCAAUCAAUUUCACAAGCGAUGGAUGGACCAGUCAGAAUAACCUCAAUGGCUUUCUGUCGCUCACUGCCCAUUGGAUUGACCAAGCCUGGCAGCGAAAGUCGGCCCUCUUGUCAUUACAGUCUGUUACAGAACGUCACACUGCUGAUGUCAUUUCGACUACAUUAAGCUCUCUCAUGGACAAGUGGAAAAUUCUUUCAGCUAGACGAGGUUUGAUGCUGCGUGAUAACGCUGCAGCUAUGGGCAAAGCUACCAGUCUUAUGAAGAUAGAGGCUCAACCUUGCUUUAUUCACACCAUUCAACUGACUGUCAAUGACGGACUCAAGCAGCAGAGAACUGUAGUGGACUGCCUCGCUGUUGCAAGAGGAAUGGUAUCCCAUUUCCGUCACUCUACCAGUGCUACUUCAGCUCUGGAUCAGUUUCAACGUGAUUGCCGUGUUCCACCUGGCAAAGAGCUUCGUGUCAUUCAAGAUGUUCCAACGCGUUGGAAUUCAUCGUUUUAUAUGCUGGAAAGGCUUUUAGUUCUGAAAAACGCGCUUAUCCUAUAUGCUGCCGAUGUCGAAUCAUUCAAGUGUUUCACGCCUCACCAGUGGUCGAUCGCACAGAAAAUCGUCUUCACGCUCAAACCGUUCCAGGAGAAAACCAUCGAGGCGAGCAGUGACAAUUGUACAGUUGGAAUGAUCAUCCCUAGUGUAACUUCACUGAUUAAAUUUCUGGAGAAGGGCACAGAUCACUUCCGUGAUGACGUCAGGGGAGUGGGUAGCAUGCGAGAAUUCAUGGUAAGCUGUUUGAAGCGACGCUUUAGCGAUAUCGAGAUGUCUAAAUACUGCGUUCUUGCCACCUUGCUCACACCAACGUACAAGCUAUGCUGCUUCUCAGAAACUGGCAAAAAACGUGCUGAGCGAUGGCUAGUUGAAGAAGCAUUGAAGGUCAGUUUAACUUCAAGCGUAAGUUUUGUUGAAUAAUUUUAUUUUAUUUAAAUUAAUUUCUCAUCAAUCAGUCAUCAUUCUUGACAUCUUAACUUCAUUUAGAUGUGGAAAGUGGAAACAACUUAUUACAAUUUACAAAUUUUGCAAUUUUGCUAGAAUGCUAUUGCUAUUACUGUUUACAUAAGUAAUAAAUUCACUAUUUAGUAUUUGUUUCAUGGUUUUAUUAGUUGGCUACAAUGAAAAAUGAAUAUGAGGAUGAUGAAGGUGCUAGUCCUGCUGGAGACGGAGAUGGUCAACAAACUCAACAACAAACUGAACCGCAAGAUGAAGAGGAAACUAUGAGCGACGGAGAAGAGGGUACGGUGCCAUCAAGUUCCACCUCAACCUCCACCACCGUUGAACUUGAACCUGCAGCUGAUGACGACUGGGAGGCUGCAAUCUGGUCUGAGCUGACUCAGGGCUACGAGACAACGUCGACUUCAUCAACAAGUACGACAAACAUUUCAGCAGUCAAAGAAAUUAUUAAGGGUGAAUUUACGAAGUACACCAGCUCUGCGUUGGAGGCAAAGACUAAGCCACCUGAAGAUCCGUGCAUCUGGUGGCUUCAGAAUGCACCAAUUUACCCCACUAUGGCUCUUGUUGCAAGGAAGGUGCUGGCAUCACCGGCCUCUUCCGUGUACAGUGAGCGGAUGUUCAGCACUGCCGGGAACAUAGUCAGUGAUUUGAGAAGCCGCUUAGACCCUGACUUGGCUGAGAAAUUGUUGUUUCUUAACAAAAAUUUACCCAGCUUCAAACAUAAAUGA